AAAAGAGGAGAGUGAGGUGAGGGUAAAGGUAAUGCAGCAGAGAGGGAGAGCAAAUAACCGAAGAUCCAGGAGUUUCACAAGGUCUCGCAUCGCUAUUGAAGGCAGUUAGCACACACGCUUUCAUUUUAUUACCCCUUUCUUUCACUGGCACCAUUUUUUCUGCAAUGGCUUCAGGUAUGGAUGAGCGUCAUGUCCAGAAAACCUACUGGAUUCAGCAUUCCGCUGAUUUGUCCGUCGAGGCAAUGAUGCUCGACUCCAACGCUUCAGAUCUCGACAAGGAAGAAAGACCCGAGGUACUUUCCCUAUUACCAGCAUAUGAAGGAAAAUCAGUUUUAGAGCUUGGAGCAGGUAUUGGAAGAUUCACUGGUGAAUUGGCUAAGAACGCUGGUCAGUUGCUUGCAGUGGACUUCAUUGAGAGUGCAAUAAAGAAGAAUGAAAGCAUCAAUGGACACCACAAGAAUGUCAAGUUCCUGUGUGCUGAUGUCACAUCUCCAAACUUGCAUGUUUCUGAAGGAUCAAUUGAUGUGAUUUUCUCAAAUUGGUUACUUAUGUAUCUUUCAGAUAACGAGGUUGAGAAUUUAGCAGAAAGGAUGAUCAAAUGGUUGAAAGAUGGUGGAUAUAUAUUCUUCAGAGAAUCUUGUUUCCACCAAUCUGGAGACUCAAAGAGAAAAUACAACCCUACUCACUAUAGGGAACCCAGUUUUUACACAAAGGUAUUUAAAGAAUGCUGUAUGAGUGAUCAUACUGGCAAUUCCUUUGAACUUUCUCUUGUGGGCUGUAAAUGCAUUGGAGCUUAUGUUCGGAAGAAGAAGAAUCAAAACCAGAUUUGCUGGACAUGGCAAAAAGUUAGGUCACAAGAUGAUAGGGGGUUCCAACGAUUCUUAGAUAGAGUUGAGUAUAGCCGUAAGAGUAUUCUACGAUAUGAGCGUGUGUAUGGCCCAGGCUUUGUGAGCACUGGAGGACUUGAAACAACAAAAGAAUUUGUGACAAAGCUGGGACUAAAGCCUGGUCAGAAAGUACUGGAUGUUGGUUGUGGUGUUGGGGGAGGUGAUUUCUACAUGGCUGAAAAUUUUGAUGUUGAGGUUGUUGGCAUUGACCUCUCCAUAAAUAUGAUUUCUCUUGCUAUUGAACGAUCUAUUGGUAUGAAAUACACGGUGGAAUUUGACUGUGCGGAUUGCUCUAAAAAAAGAUAUCCGGAGAAGACAUUUGAUGUAAUUUACUCUCGUGAUGCAAUGUUACACAUCCAAGAGAAACCAACAUUAUUCAGAUCAUUGUACAAAUGGUUGAAGCCUGGAGGUAAACUUCUAAUUACUGAUUACUGCAAAAGUGCUGAAAGUCCAUCUUUAGAAUUUGCUGAGUACAUUAAGAAAGGAGGAUAUUAUAUCCAUGAAUUGAAAGCAUAUGAGCAGAUGCUCAAGAGUGCUGGAUUUGAUGAUGUCAUUGCUGAGGAUCGAUCUGAUCUGUUCGUGAAAACAUUAAAGCAGGAGUUAAAAGCCCUUGAGAACAAGAAGGACGAUUUUAUUCAUGACUUCAGUGAGGAAGACUACAAUGAAGUUGUCCAAAGAUGGAAGGCAAAGCAGAUCAGGGGUGAAUCUGGAGAGCAGGUCUGGGGCUUGUUCAUUGCCUCGAAAAAAUGACAUGCUUUUGUUCUUGUCAUAUUCCUUGUUCUACCUAUAUUGAGUCCCGUGUGAACGGAGUUUUCCAAAUAAUAGUUUGAAUAAUUAUCCAUUUAUUAGUAGUGUCUUGGACAAAAAAGUUCAUGUUUUGAAUACGAUGACCCGUGAAGAGGAGGAGCAUGCUCUUCCAUUUGAAUAAGAUGCUAACUUGGCAUUAUUGCUUCCAUGCUAAAAUUCUAUUUCAAUAUCCUGUUUUUGCUUGGUUUGACAUAUUUGGUAUGUUUGGCGUAACGAUUGUUCUCAUUUUC